AUGUUUAUAAGUAAUCAUGAUUUAUUGAGAUUUGGUAAUUUAAUUAGAAAGAAAUAUGGAUUUGGUAGAGAUAAUAGUGAUUAUUGGGGUAGACAUAGAGCUGCAAUUGCAUUCCUCGCUGCAUAUACUGGACCAAUUACUAUUUAUUAUGGAGAUGAAGUUGGAGAUCUUGUAGAAUGUUAUUAUAACCCAGGAGACUGUGAAGGAGCAUAUGAUGAUAACUCUGCUAGAAGUGAUGGACAUAUCCAAGGAUUUAAUACAAAUGAACAAUCCCUUCAUGACUUUACUGCAAAACUAAUGAAAAUUAGAGCAUCUAAUCCUUCAUUGUAUCAAGGAACAAUUCAAAAUGAGAAAAUUGAUAAAAGAUUGUAUAAAGUUGAUAAAAUUUAUGAAAAUAAUAAAGUCCAAGUAAUGAUUAAUGUUGGGACAUCUUCCUAUGAUGUUGAAUGCGAAAAAGGUACUGAUUUAAUUACUGGUAAAUCUUAUUCUGGUACUUGUCCUCUUACUGCGUUUGGUGUAAUUUUCUUAAAAUACAAUUGA